CAUCUGCUGGUGAUAAAUAAGAUGGGACACAACGCCGCCGUGCAGACCCAAAUGGCCGACAUAAAGCUCCUGAUGCCAGACGGCGGCGCCAAGCCACCGCCGCCACUGGUCGACAAGACCCUGUGCGGCGCCAGCGACAUCGUCAAGCUCCUGCCGACCGGCACGGUCACGGUCUUCCACGCCCUGGCGCCGUCCUUCAGCAACCACGGCGCGUGCGGGGUGGCCAGCCGGUACCUCACCCUCGCCCUCAUCGGCGCCUGCGCCGCCUCCUGCGUGCUGCUCUCCUUCACCGACAGCCUGGUCGGCUGCGACGGCCGGCUCUACUACGGCGUGGCCACGCCGCGGGGCUUCUACCCGUUCAACUUCGACGGCACGGGCGAGGAGAGGAGGCGCAAGUUCCGGGACCUGCCUCGGAUGAAGGUCAGGCCGCUGGACUUCGUGCACGCGCUCGUCUCCUCGGUCUUGUUCGUCGUCGUCGCGCUUGGCAACGCCGGCAUACAGAGCUGCCUGUUCCCAGACAUCGGGCCGGACGUCAGCAGGGAGGUGCUCAUGAACCUGCCGGUGGGGCUAGGGUUCCUGGCUAGCAUGGUGUUCAUGAUCUUCCCGACGACCAGGAAGAGCAUCGGGUACACCGACUUGAUGCCUUGCAAACAGGAAGACGAGGGGGAAAGGAAUUGAAGCGAUAAUGCACUAAGCUCUUAUCGAUCGCAUGACGCAACAUAACUAGUGUUAAGGAUGGAAGGCAUGAUUGUUAGUAGAUAGUGUAUAUUGUGCAUCUAUAUAUUCUCUAUCUAUUUCGAUGCAUGUAGAUAUAGCUUACAAUUUAAUUUACAUUAUCUGUAUGUACUACCUCUAUUAUUGAAUACUCACUACUAGAAUAAUGGGCAUUCGUUCAAUACGUUAGUACUGGAUGCAUUUCGUCCGGUACUAACAUGUGAAAUUA